AAAAGAAGAAGAAAACAUAUAACGAAAACACACAAAAAUAAUCAAGGAAUGGGAAUAAUAUGGUCUAUCUUCUCAAAGACAAAGCCACAUAAUAACAACGAAGACAUACUAAAACAUGCAGACUCUCCUCUUACUCAUGAUACGACGUCGUCAUCUCAGGUCGACGAUGACUUUUCCUUGAAGCACAAGACAGAGGUCGUAAAUCUUUUUUCUUAGGUUUCAUUGUCUAACUUUCCUCACCUUGUUAAAUAUGAUACUAAUAGUUAUAUUUUAUUGAUGUUGGAAUCUCUUAUUCAGAAGAACUUGAUAGAGGAAGAUGAGGGUAAAGCGAAGAAAAACUGUUUCAUGUUGUACGCGAGAGAUCUCUCAAUUACAUGGGCAGAGUCUCAAACAAAUAAAUAUUGGAGUUGGUUCUCUGAUCUUGACCAAACAUCAAGUGAUGUAAGAACUGAGGUUGCAAAGAUGGAACGAGUAGCUUGGUUAGAAGUUGUCGGAAAAUUCGAGACGGAGAAACUAACUCCCAACAGUUUGUACGAGGUUGUGUUUGUGGUCAAGCUAAUCGAUUCUGCUAAAGGAUGGGAUUUUCGGGUUAACUUCAAAUUGGUUUUGCCAACCGGAGAAACCAAAGAGCGGCGAGAGAAUGUGAACCUGUUAGAAAGGAACAAGUGGGUGGAGAUUCCGGCCGGUGAGUUCAUGAUAUCACCAGAACAUCUCUCUGGCAAGAUUGAGUUUUCGAUGUUGGAGGUUAAAAGUGACCAGUGGAAGUCUGGUCUUAUUGUGAAAGGUGUUGCUAUUAGACCCAAGAAUUAG